AUAGAACAAGACGCAGACGCCGUAAAUCUACAGUUUACUCUGUUGAUAAAUAACCGAGUGUGUUUUUAGUUGCUAUAAUUAUUAUUGCCAUUGAUUGAGUCUUAGAAUAACAGCACGUGGAUAAGUAACCUUAAAGUAAUUUAAAAUCACAGUCGUUGAAGCAAUGUUUGAUAAAAUUACUUUUUUUAUAUAAAUUAAAAAAUUAUAAGGCAAAAGUUUAAUAAACUAUAAAAUAUGGGUUUAACAAAACAGUAUUUACGUUUUGUUCCUACUGGAAAUUUAAAUAUAAUAACAAGUCCAAAGUGUAACGUUGUUUUUGUAGUAUUAGAAGGACAAGAAGGACGAUUUGUUGCUGCUGGAGCAUGUGAACAUGUUAUUAUUUGGGAUUUAAGACUUGGAGAAAAGGCUCAAGUUUUAACUGGAGAAAAGUCUGAUGUUACUCAAUUAGCAACUUCACCAAAUAAUCGUCAUAUAGCCGUUGGUUAUGCUGAUGGUACAAUAAAAACUUAUGAUUUACGUUCAGGAGAAAACAUAAGUAUAUUUGUUGGACAUAAAUCAGAAAUUACUACGUUAGCUUACGACGAUCUGGGCCAUCGUUUAGCUUCUGGUUCUAAAGACACGGAUAUUAUUAUUUGGGAUGUCGUUGCCGAAACUGGAGUCAGUCGUUUAUCAGGACACAAAGGAGUAAUUACAAAAGUAUCAUUUAUGAAAGAAAAUAACAUAUUGAUAAGCGCAUCUAAAGAUACAUUUGUUAAAUUUUGGGAUCUUGAUACAGAUCACAAUUUUCUUACGCUUGUAGGACACAGAUCAGAAGUAUGGGGUUUUACUUUAGUUAAAAAUGACAAGUAUCUAAUAACUGGAUGUAAUGACUAUGAAUUACGCGUUUGGAAAAUAUUUUACGUUGAAAAUAAUGACGAUGAUGACAAUACAUUAAAUAUAGGUUCGUUAAACAUCAACAAAGACGAAACAAAUGAUUUGAAUUAUCCAUUGAGAUGUGAAAAAAUCGGUAGUAUUUUACGAGCUGGACAUGGUCGUGUAGUUUCAUUAACUACUGAUAUUACAAACAAAGUAAUUGCUUGUCACGGUACAAAAAAUACAGUUGAAUUAUUUUACAUGAUUUCUGAUGAUGAAGUCAGAAAAAAAAUAAAUAAACGACUGAAUAAAGAGAAAAAUAAAGCUCUGAAAGCUGGCAAAGAUAAAAGUACUAUUCCUUCGGAGGCAACGUCAACUCUUCACGACGAAGUUAGAAGACUUGCUGUUAUAAAUGCUCCUAGUAAAGUCAAAUCGAUAGAUUUAGUAAUGGGUCGUGGUGAUGAACUUCGUGUAUGUGUUGGACUUGAUAAUAAUGCUUUGAAAUUAUACUCGCUGUCUGUAAAUGAAGAAAGAAAACUUUCGAAAAAAAAAGAAGAAAGAGACGAUAUCACUUGCAUGCGGUCAAUUGAACAUCAUGGACAUCGCACAGAUAUUCGGGCUAUUUGCUUCAGUUCAGAUAAUUUGGCUUUUGCUACUGCUAGUGGUGAUUCCAUUAAAUUAUGGAAUAGACCAUCGUUGACAUGUUUAAGAACUGUUGAAUGUGGAUAUGCUUUGACUCUGACAUUUGUACCUGGUGACAGGCAUCUGAUUGUCGGAAUGAAAGAUGGUAAAAUAUUGAUUGUUGAUAUUGCGUCGGGUGAUGUUCUUGAAUCAUUUCAAGCACAUGAACAAGAGUGUUGGAGUAUUGUUCUAUUUCCCAAUAUGAAAGGAGUUGCCAGCGGCAGUGCUGAUAAAACUGUUAAAUUUUGGGAUUUUGAACUGAUAGAAGAUCAAAAAACAAAUUGCAAAGUAUUGGGGUUAAUUCAUACAAAGACAUUAAACUUGGAAGAAGGUGUUUUGUGUGUGAAAAUAAGUCCAAAUAGUAGAUUUAUAGCAGUUUCACUUCUUGAUUCUACUGUUAAGAUUUUUUAUUUAGACACUUUUAAGUUUUUCCUGUCUUUGUACGGACAUAAAUUACCAGUACUUUGUAUGGACAUUUCCAGCGACUCAUCAAUUAUUGCUACGGGAUCUGCUGACAGAAAUAUUAAAAUUUGGGGAAUGGAUUUUGGUGACUGUCAUAAGUCAUUAUUUGCUCAUGAUGAUUCAGUAAUGGGUCUUUGUUUUGUUCCAAAGACUCAUUAUUUGUUUACUUGUAGUAAAGAUGGAAAACUCAAAGAGUGGGAUGCAGAUAAUUACCAAAAAAUUAUCACACUUCAAGGACAUUCUGGUGAAGCUUGGUGCUGUGCAGUAUCACCAAAUGGUGUCUUCGUAGCAUCCUGCGGCGCUGAUAAAGUUAUAAGAUUAUAUGAAAAGUCAUCAGAGCCAUUAGUAUUAGAAGAUGAAGCUGAAGAAGAACGUGAAAGACAAGAAAAUGAAUUAGCUACUGGUGAAACUACAGCAGUACCAGGACAAAAACAACAAUUAUUACCCUCACGUAAGACGGUUAAUAGUGAAAAAGCGGCGGAAUUAAUUCUUGAAUGUUUGGAUGUCAUAAAAGAAUAUAACGAAGAAUUAGAAAAUGUGAAACCUCCGAAUGCAGCACCACCAUUACCGUUAUUAAUGCAAGCUUUCAAUUGUAAAACUACUGAUGAAUAUUUGUUGGAAACUUUCAAACGAAUCAGAGCAAGUGACAUGGAAGAAACUCUAUUACUUCUACCGUAUGCUGAUGCAUGCAAAAUACUUGAAUAUCUUCCGAAAUUGUUGAAAAGUGAAUAUCAAACUGAACUAUUGGUUCGAUUAGCUUUGAGUCUAAUUCAAGCUCAUCAUGAACCAAUAGUAGCAAAUUCACAAAUGUUAACAAUUUUAGAAGAAGUUAGAGAUUUAGCUAUGGAAAAGAUAACUAAGCUAAGAGAUACUGUUGGAUACAAUCUUCAUGGUAUGUCAUUUUUACAACGUGCGUUAGAAGAAAAAGAAGGGGUUACAUUAUUCCGGGAUGCAUCGAAAAAGAGAAAAAAUCGAGUUAAAAAUCGUAGAAAUAAAGAACAAGCGUUGAAACGCGCUUUAUUAACAUUAUAAAUUAAACAUUUAUUGUUAUACAAUUCAAUAAAAUUUUGUAUAAAAUUUA